AUGUCGAGAAGCACGGCUGUCAGCAUCAACUUGGAUGACGUUUUUGGAAACGUUCCCACUUUAGCGUAUUCUUCCAACGAGAAGACUUCUGAGCCAAGCAGAAGCCGCAAGACAACUGCUUCAAGCGUUUCUACUGUUCGAGAAGUUCCGAUCGGAAAUGGUGUUCGCUCACAUGCUUCCACCGCUGUUGGCCACUCUGCUCCAGUCGUCAGUGCUCCACCACCAGUAGUCAAUGCUACCCCAAUUUCUCACUACUACGACGCCACCCCAACUUCUGAUCCACUCUUGGACUCGAUUUUCUCUGCUGUUACUCUGCCUUCGGUCAACUUGAACGGUGGGCACGACGACGCUCUUCGUCAUCUCGACGAAGCUCUCUACGGAGAAGACCACGAGUCCAUUGUGAGCGAGCCACCAUUCCAGGCUCCGAGCCACGUCAGCUCUUCGCAUGUUACUUCGCAUGUCAGUUCUCAGCGACCACAAUAUGCUAGCGGAAAUCACCCACAGAAUGCUAGUGUGGUAUCAAACGGAUCUGCAAAGCACGCUUACGAUGCAUACGGAUCUGAGCCAGAACCGGAUUACGGAGAUGAGAAAAGCGAUCAUUUCAAUCUUCAUCAUCAGUAUCCAGUGAGAAAUGUCAACAUUCACCGUGAUCGUUCAAACACCAUCGACAGCUCUGCUUCUUUCGCCGAGAGUCGUUUUGGACAAUUCGAUGUUCAUGAUGAUAACGAUCGUUACCACGGAGAGGAGAUCAACCUCCAUCACAACGAAGUCGCGUACGAGCGCCCAGAAUCUGGACAUGGUCUCAGCUCCCCUGGAAGUGUUCACUCACACCACACCCAAUCUUCAUUCCACACUGGAGGAACCCAAAAAUUGAGAAAUCUCCAACGUCAAGUUCAGGACGCUCACGUCAAGCAGGCACAACUCACUCAUCAAGUUGAUCGCCAACGCGCGGAUAAUGAUCGUGUCGCUCAUGCCAACUUGGCUCGUGAAGCAUCAUUGAAGGUCCACAACAUCGGGCAAGGAGCAAAGCCACUCGGAUACCACGUCCGCUCUUAUAGCCAUGAAAAUGAUAAUUAUCGUCAUCAUCUUCCACCACAACCGAAAUCUAGCCACUCUUCAAAGAGCGUCGACUCCAGCAUCUAUGAGGAGGAGGAAGUUCGUGUCAGUCCAUUGGCAGCCAAGCAAAAAGCUUCUGGAGAACAUAUUGCCAACAGUGGAAAAUAUGAACUUAUUGUCCCAGAGUACUACGUCGUGGAGAAUUUCUCCAAAAAUGAUAAAAUCAACAAAGUCAUCAUUGGAGGAGACGCACCAAGCAGCGACGAUGACAAAACUCUUCUUUUGUUCGGACCAAUCUCUGCUGGAAAGACUUCUGCUAUCACCAGCAUGAUGAACUUCUUGUAUGACGUCAAGAAGGAGAACAACUUCCGAUUUGUUUUGGACGAACAUGUGAACGCAACCACCGGACUCACCGCCUACGUAUUCAACAACACUGUUCUUCCGUACAACGUCACCGUUGUUGACACUCCUGGAGUUGAGGACAGAAUGGGAAACAAAACUGUUUCUCGAUUGAUCAAGCAGUGGUUUGAGAAGGAACUUUUGGAGUCAGGAGCAUUCCGUUUGGAUGCGAUCUCGAUUGUCUUGAAGCACGAUGAAAACCAAUUGGGAUGGCCAUUCAUCUAUGAAUUGGCUGAUGUGAAGAGAAUGUUCGGAGAUGACUUGAAAACCAACGUACUUCCAAUUAUCACCAACUCUGAAGUCCUCCCACAACCAAUUGCUAUCAAGAGUCUCACCCAAGCCAACAUUUCUUUCCUCGAAUACUACAAAGUCAACAACUCUGGAUUCGCCCCACUCCCAACUGGAAUUUCAAAACUUCAACACAACUUGUACUGGACCCACGGAACUGCUUCAUUGGAGAACCUUUUCAGAGAUUUGCAAGAGACCGUCCAUCCACUCGUUGCCAUUCUCCGACACAAUAAGGGACAAAAAGUCGAACAAGCACCAGUGUUCGCCGACAAAGUUUUGUAUUAA